CAAGGACAGGCUGGCGGAAGUAGAGCUGCUCAAAAGUCUGGGCGACGUGAACUUGGAGAAGGGAAGACUCGGGAAGGAUAGAGGGAAGUUCAACAUGGCCAUGGCGCUUUACGUGGCUGCUAUAGUCCGAUGUCACCAUCGGGAUCAGGGAGAAGGUAUAGAACACCGGUACAAAUACGCGGAGAGACUUUUACAAGGGGUGACGUCAAAGGGGUCACAGGAUAAGGAACAACAAACUGAAAAUAAGGAAAAAACUUCACCUGCAAAGGUGGCUAAAACGUUUCAAAACAUGGACAAGAAACGGGCUACUGGUUGUAACACAGACAUUGUGCUGGUUGGAUACGCACAAUUAAUGGUAGAGGGAAUAGUAAACGACAACAACAUGUUAGAAACAGAAGCGAUCAAAAGCCUCGGUGACGUGUACCUGAAAAGAGGAACAGAAACUGGAGACACUAGAGACUUGACCAAAGCUACUGCUCUGUACAACACGGCACUGGCGCGGUGUAACAACGUUCAGGGAACAGUUGCCAUUGUCCAUCGCUUACUGUACACAGCAAAAAUCAGGCAGGACAUCACCACAAAAAGCAUAAAGAAGUCAACUCGAACGAAACGACAACAAAACGUGAGAGGACGGAAGGACCACAUCUCUCCCUUCUCAACUGCAACCUUAAAUGACAGCACUAAUGACCAAAUGCACCGUCUGCACAGGGCCCCGGAACUACAGAAAGCUGAAAACCCUACAGGAGCCGAUGAUGACACUGAAUACGAAGAACAUCUACAUGAUGGCUCCAGAGCCCUGCAGACUGGAGAUCUGGACACAGCAGAACAAAGUUUUUCAGCUGCACUCAAGUCCGUUCAUGUCCAAGGUCAACACAAGAAGGAGGCAGAGCCCCUGUACAAGUUGGGCAAGGUCUAUCUGAGAAGAGGAAUCCGGUCAAAGGACGGGGGUGAUUUCACCAAGGCUGCAGCACUCUGUAAUGCAGCAUUGGGUGAGGCCGAGAUCUUGAUGAUCACCCCUUAA